AUGGCAUGGCGUUCGCAUGGUGAUUCAAACGCUUCAUUGGUCGGCAACUUACAAAAAGUGGGUCGUUUUGCAGGAAAUCGCCUGUUCGAGGAUGAAAGAGUCAAAAUGGCAAUGCUAGCGAUUGAUCGGGCGGAUUUUUGCCCGCGAAAUCCAUACAUGGACAAUCCGGAGCCGAUCGGUUGCAAUGCCACAAUCAGUGCACCACAUAUGCACGCUGCUGCUCUCCAGUAUCUCAAAGACCAUUUGAGGGAAGGUGAUCGGGCGCUGGAUGUUGGCUCGGGCUCUGGUUAUCUCACUGCAUGCAUGGCACAUAUGGUUGGUUUAAGCGGGCGAGUGGUUGGAAUUGAGCAUAUCAGAGAACUGGUCGAAUUGUCCAUUCGAAACAUCCGCAAACAUCAUGCAGAAUUUCUGGACGGCGAAAGAAUUGUGAUGGUUGAAGGUGAUGGGCGCAGAGGCUUUGAGCGAUACGCUCCCUACAAAGCGAUUCAUGUUGGAGCUGCAGCACCAGCCGUACCUGAAGAGCUGCUCAGCCAGUUGGCUCCAGGAGGACGGAUGCUGAUACCUGUGGGCGCUGCACACAGCGAUCAGCGUUUCGUGCAAAUCGAUAAGGACGAGAAGGGUAAUGUUACUCGAAUUGAGAAAAUGGGAGUGAUCUUCGUGCCGCUCACCAACAAGGAGAAUCAAAUGGGCCGCAUGUGCUGA